AUGAAAACUAUUCUGUGUUUUGCUCUUUUGAUGUAUGUAUGCUUGGCAUAUGCAUUCGCGCUACCGUACCCGGCUGAACUGGUAGAUCAACUAGAAGGCCUGGAAGCGGUAGAAUCCAUAAAUGGAGGUUGGGGACAUGGAGGAAAUGGCGGGGGACACGGCGGUGGCUAUGGCCAUGGCGGUAGUGGGGGACGCGGCUGA